UCAUUCGAAGAAUCCUUGGAGAACCAAAAAUUGCGACUUGAGCGGGACGAGCUUAGAAUGCUACUUACUCGAUUUGAAAAACGCAUUCAAGAGAUCCAAGAUAAUGUGCAGACGUUGACCAAAGAACGCGAUGAUUUGCAUAAAUUGUAUACUGAUGCUAAGAAUGAAAUUCAUCGACUACACCACGACCUGUACGACGUGCAAAACGCAUCAAACCGACGUGUGGUCGGUCAGGAGGUAGCCGCUCGUCUUCAAGCCGAUCUUGAAAGAGCUCGACGCGAAAUUGAACAACUCACGGCUGAAAAGGAAAGUCUAGCAGCCAAGUAUAAGGUGAAUUAA